AUGGCAUCCUGGCCACCUUCCUCAGGGGAUUUGGUUGCUUUCCCCCCUGCAUGCACUGUGGACUUAGGCACUGACUGGGCUGCGGGCCUGCUUGCAGAGAUGAAGUUCUUCCUGGCCCUGGCGGGGCUCCUGGCCACUCUGACCAUACCCCCAUCCGCUGAGGGUACCGCUCCAGCUCUCCCGGGGCCGCUGGAGACCUCAAUGGUGCUGAGCUGCAUGGAGGAGGCCAAGCAGCUUGUGGACAAGGCAUACAAGGAGCGGAGGCAGAGCAUCAAGCAGCGUCUUCGCAGUGGCUCGGCCAGCCCCAUGGAACUCCUGUCCUACUUCAAGCAGCCGGUGGCGGCCACCAGGACCGCAGUGAGGGCUGCGGACUACCUGCACGUGGCCCUAGGCCUGCUGGAGCUGAAGCUGCGGCCCCUGUGGCCCAGGCCCUUCAAUGUCACUGACAUGCUGACCCCCUCGCAGCUGAAUCUCCUCACCAAGACCAGCGGCUGCGCCUACCAAGACGUGGGCGUGACCUGCCCGGCGGACGACAAGUACCGCACCAUCACCGGGAAGUGCAACAACAGACGGAGCCCCACGCUGGGGGCCUCCAACCGCGCCUUUGUGCGCUGGCUGCCCGCGGAGUAUGAGGACGGCUUCUCCCUGCCCUUCGGCUGGACACCCGGGGUCAACCGCAGCGGCUUCCCAGUGCCCCUGGCUCGCGCGGUGUCCAACGCGAUCGUGCGCUUCCCCACGGAGCAGCUGACCCCGGACCAGCAGCGCUCGCUCAUGUUCAUGCAGUGGGGGCAGCUGAUCGACCAUGACCUGGACUUCACCCCCGAGCCGGCCGCCCGCGUCUCCUUCAUCACCGGCCUCAACUGCGAGACCAGCUGCCUACAGCAGCCGCCCUGCUUCCCGCUCAAGAUCCCGCCCAAUGACCCCCGAAUCCAGAACCAAGCCGACUGCAUCCCCUUCUUCCGCUCCUGCCCGGCCUGCACCGGGGGCAACAUCACCAUCCGCAACCAGAUCAAUGCGCUCACCUCCUUCUUGGAUGCCAGCAUGGUGUACGGCAGUGAGGACCCCUUGGGCAGGGACCUGCGCAACCUGACCAACCAGCUGGGGCUGCUGAAGGUCAAUGACCGCUUCAGCGACAACGGACGGGGCCUGCUGCCCUUCGAUAACCUGCACGACGACCCCUGCCUCCUCACCAACCGCUCGGCGGGAAUCCCCUGCUUCCUGGCAGGGGACACCCGCUCCAGUGAGAUGCCUGAGCUCACCUCCAUGCACACCCUCUUCCUGCGGGAGCACAACAGACUGGCCACACAGCUCAAGCGCCUGAGCCCCCACUGGAACGGAGAGCGCCUCUACCAGGAAGCUCGGAAGAUCGUGGGCGCCAUGGUCCAGAUCAUCACGUACCGGGACUACUUGCCCCUCGUGCUGGGGCCAGAGGCCAAGAGGAAGUACCUCCCCCGGUACCGCUGCUACAACGACUCAGUGGACCCACGCAUCGCCAACGUCUUCACCAACGCCUUCCGCUACGGCCACACCCUCAUCCAACCCUUCAUGUUCCGCCUGGACAACCGGUACCAGCCCAUCAGCCGAGUCCCACUUAGCGAGGUCUUUUUUGCCAGCUGGAGGGUGGUCCUGGAAGGCGGCAUAGACCCCAUCCUCCGGGGCCUGAUGGCCACCCCUGCCAAGCUCAACCGCCAGAACCAAAUCGUGGUGGAUGAGAUCCGGGAGCGGCUCUUCAAGCAGGUCAUGAGGAUCGGGCUGGACCUACCCGCUCUGAACAUGCAGCGCAGCCGGGACCACGGCCUCCCAGGUGUGGGACAGUUUUGGUGGGAGAACAAGGGUGUGUUCAGCACGAGGCAGAAGCAGGCCCUGGCCAAGAUCUCCCUGCCCCGCAUCAUCUGCGACAACACAGGCAUCACCACCGUGUCCAAGAACAACAUCUUCAUGUCCAACACAUUCCCGCGGGACUUUGUUAACUGCAGUAGCCUCCCCGAGUUGGAUUUGGCCGCCUGGAGGGACGCGGCCUAGGGGCUGGGAGCUUGCCUGCCAGGAGCCGGCCCACCAGCCCUCUGUGCCGUUCUUUGUACCGGACGUUAAUGACAAUAAAGCACUGUUUCCAGG